UGAGGAGGGCUGGGGAGAGCGGAGCUAGGGGAGCCGGGCGGUGCCCUAGGCUGGGUGAGUGACCUCUUCUUCCGCCUUCUUUGAGGUCCGCUGCGGGACCUGCACCCUUGCUCGCCGGAGGGAGCACACGUGCGCAGGCCGGCACUCAAUCCACUGAGCCACAGCAGCCAGGGUGCAAGAAGGAAAUUUUGAACAGCAGAAAAACUUGAAGCUGAUGGACAUUGUAUGGGCCAGAGGCAGGGAUGGUCGGCUAUGACCCCAAAGCAGACAGCAGGAAUAUCUCCAGUUUCGAGGUGGCAGUGGCUGGGUCCGUGUCUGGAUUUGUCACUCGAGUGCUGAUCAGCCCCUUGGAUGUCAUCAAGAUCCGUUUCCAGCUUCAGAUUGAGCGCCUGUCUCGUGGUGACCCCAGCGCAAAGUACCAUGGGAUCCUGCAGGCCGGGAGACAGAUCCUGCAGGAGGAGGGCCCGACGGCAUUCUGGAAGGGGCACGUUCCGGCCCAGUUUCUCUCUGUAGGCUACGGAGCUGUCCAAUUUUUGUCGUUCGAAAUGCUGACGGAGCUGGUGCACAGAACUGGCGUGCAUGAUGCCCGAGACUCCUCCGUGCACUUCGUGUGUGGCGGCCUGUCUGCCUGCGUGGCCACCCUCGCCGUGCAUCCCGUGGACGUCCUCCGCACCCGCUUUGCAGCUCAGGGUGAGCCCAAGGUGUAUAAGACCCUGCGGGACGCCGUGGCCACCAUGUACAGGGCCGAAGGCCCCUGGGGCUUCUACAAAGGCUUGAACCCCACCUUGAUCGCCGUCUUCCCCUACGCCGGGUUCCAGUUCGCCUUCUACAACUCUCUGAAGCGCCUGUACGAGUGGGUCGCGCCCGCCGAAGGAGUGAAAAGCGAAAACCUCAAAAACCUGCUUUGUGGCAGCGGAGCCGGAGUCAUCAGCAAGACCCUUACGUACCCCCUGGACCUCUUCAAGAAGCGGCUGCAGGUGGGCGGGUUUGAGCAGGCUCGAGCCGCCUUCGGCCAGGUUCGAAGCUACCGGGGCCUCCUGGACUGCGCCAGGCAGGUGCUGCGGGAGGAGGGCGUGCAGGGCUUCUUCAAGGGCCUGUCGCCCAGCCUGCUGAAGGCCGCCCUCUCCACCGGCUGCGUGUUCUUCUGGUACGAGUUCUUCUGCGACCUCUUCCACCGCAUGAGGCAGGCGCACAGCUAGCCUCGAGGGCUGGGAGGCGGCCUGAGGUCCCUCACGGAGGCGGCCUCCUGCAAGAAGACUUGACCUGCGACCUCGAGUUGCACCGAGAGCCGCUGCCUGGUCCACCGAGCCUCCAGCUGCCCCGAGCACAAAGAGCCACUGGGAGCAGGCUGUGGCCUUGAUCCCGACGCACUCGGAUGCCACCGGAGGGCAAGGGCUUUCUCCCUGCGUGGGCACGGGGGCCGUGGAGGACUUGGUCCAUGGGACCCCAGCCCCUCCAGUCAAGGAGCUUGAAGCCUCCCCGCCAUCCAGCCCACACUCAGGGGAGCAGCCGCCUGCCUUCCUGCACUUCCUAGCCCGCCUGCCCAGAGAGCCCUCCUGGGUGGGGCCACCGCUUAGGGUGGGGGCUGGGACUUGCCCGUGGCAGGGGCUUGGUCCCCACCUGGGCUCUGGUUCCCCGCAACUUAUUUAAUAGACAUUCAAGCUAAAAGCACAUUCCUUACCUCUCCCUUCUGCCUUCCCUCUCCAGUCACAUCUCUCCUGGACACCAGCUGUGCCCAAAUCCCAUUUUCUCUGUAGUUGUGUCCCUCAGGCAGCUUCGCUUCUAGUUCCAGGGAGGAGUCUAAGCUGAACUGGUCACUUCCUAACCCCACAUUCAGAGCUUUGCAUCUGAAUGUACCAGUGAGGCUCCUCUCUCCCUGGGCAGGGGGCUCUUGGGGAGUGCAGGUGCAGCAGGAGGUGGGGGGCUGUGCUAACGAGAGGAGAUGCAGGAAGGCGGCAGUUCCUUCUCCCCUGUCCACCCAGAGUGGUUCCUCUUUUGGGCUGGGGCAGCUCUCCUGGGGGGGUGGGAGCUCACAGCUGGGCCAGUUGGGGUCCGUUGCGCUCUCAGCGUCCUCUGGCUCGGGAUGGUGCUCUGUGUCUCCUCCGUAACCCCAGAAGGGCCACAGCUUGGAUGCAGCCCGGUGAACGGGGUGGUGGGAGGAAGGGACUGGACAGACAGGUGAUGCCCAGGAGUGGUGUCAGAGCACAGGAACCCACAGCGGGUAGCCAGGGACCCAGCCAGGCACUGAGGGGGAACUUCAGCUAGGGCUCUGGUGGGAGGAGAAAACCCACAGAACACGGCCACCACCCGCCUCAUCUGGUCUCCCAGCGCCAGGGGCACCUGCUCUGGGGGGUGGGCUCUGUAGGGACAGCCGGGAUGGAGGGGUACCAGGUCCCACGCUGGGCUCUGACUGCGGACUCUGCUCUGGCUUACGAACCCCCAGCUGGGAGCUGGCCUGGUGUGGGGUGUGGCCCUUGCUUCCCAGGGAACCUGGGCCCUUCUCUCAGCAUUACUACUUUAUUCUUGUCUGGGUCUUUGUGAUCGGUGGGGGACCCCGAACCCCGAAGCUCGCCUGCUGAUUGUGAAGGUCCAGACUGUGGCUGAGGGCCGGGCACCCACAGGGCUUUUGGCACUGAAGGCCUGGGUUUGGCACUGCGGUGAGGCAGCUGCCUGAAUGUAUUUUGUAUGAGAUUCCAUUGAAGUAAACUCUAUUUUCUUCA